ACGGUUGAACGUAUAGAGACCAGGCAGUGUCGUGUGUUGCAUUCUCUGUACACUGUCCAACCAACUUCUGAAAAUUUCCAAGUUUAAACUGUCUGCUGACGACAUUGCAUACAAAGGAAGAUAUCACCAGUCUGCAACGUUCAGCUGUUUACUAAAUCGAGAAAACGUCACAGAUCGAUUGAUGAAUAGACGAACGAAGAGAGAGAGAGAUAGGGAACCACACCGGCCAGUCAUCAGUUUCAUUGGACGUUUAGUUCACGACCGCCUCAGGACCACAAUUUGCAUGCCCGGCAAGAGUGCGCGUGCGCACUUGCGGCGCGAACGCGAGCCGUCGUCCCAGACGUUAGCGUGCCACAAACUGGGAAAGAUGGAACACUGUGCGGUAACUGUUGUGUCUGCUGUUGCCUGGUUACUACAUUGGAACACGUUGGCUGCCGACUUCGCCUACGAUGACAGCCGAGCCAUCAAGACAAAUCAGGAUCUGUUGCCCAGCACCCCCUUAUCUAGCCUCUUCAGGGACGAUUUUUGGGGUACACCGCUCACCCACAGUGGCUCCCACAAGUCUUACCGACCGCUCUGUGUCCUGUCCUUUCGUAUGAAUUACUGGCUAGGUGGCUUAGAUCCUUGGGGCUACCAUGUAGUCAAUGUUCUUCUGCACGUACUUGUAACCGGGCUUUUCACCCAUUUUGCAGCAGGGAUCUUCAUGCACCACGUGCUGCCUACCAUGGUAGCCGGCCUACUGUUCGCCGUCCAUCCAAUCCACACGGAGGCUGUGUCGGGAUUGGUAGGUCGCGCGGACGUCGGAGCUUGCUUCUUUUUUCUUCUGGCAUUGCAGGCCUACAUUCAGUACUGUAAAUGGCGCGACAAGGAACCUGAAUACUGUGGUCGUCGCUGGAUAACUCUGUAUGGAGCUCUUGUGUUUGCAACAGCAGCAAUGUUGACCAAGGAACAUGGUAUUACAGUGUUGGGGGUGUGCGCACUGUACGAUAUGAUGAUUCAACACCGUCUAACACCGAAGGAUAUUCCCGCUCUCCUAACUGAGAAACGCUACCAAGGUCUUCGCGAAGGACUCCUUCACCUCGUGGGGGCAGCAGUUGUGCUAGUGGGGUUCAGAGUUCACCUAAUGGGCAGAAAACCCCCAGACUUCGCCCCAGCAGACAACCCAGCAGCAGAUUGUGAUAGUUUUGUCACUCGAAUGUUAACGUUUCUCUAUCUCCCAGCCUUCAAUUUUUGGCUCCUGUUAUGUCCAAUGUGGUUGAGCUUUGAUUGGUCUAUGGAAGCUGUGCCCCUCGUUUGCUCCAUCUUAGACCCAAGGAACCUUCUAUCUCUUUGUUUCUAUGGGGGAUUAAUUUAUAUUUUUCUCUAUGUACAUAAACAUUUGUCUAGAAAAGGAGCUCUUUCAGAAAGUGCCUUUAGUCUAGUGAGCACUCAUGCUUGUUUGUGUCAAACUGUGAAUCAGAGUCCAAAACUUACCUUUUAUUCCAGCCACAGUGGGUCUGCACAGAGAUAUAAAAAGUGUGUUCCUAUAUUGAAUAAUAACAACAAUAAUAACAGUCAUGUUUCCCCUCAGUCAAACUGUAAUGGACACCGUGUUUCCAAUGGUAAUUGUCAUAUACAACAAUCGCUGUGUCAGCCAUCUGUGUACUCAAUUGUCUCCGAGUGUACUGAAUGUUCGAUAGCCAAUUCUUAUCGUCUGGAGGCUGUGAUCCACUCUCUGGCUCUCCUAGUACUACCAUUCAUUCCAGCCACCAACUUGUUCUUUUACGUGGGCUUUGUUGUCGCCGAACGUGUUCUCUACAUACCCAGCAUGGGCUUCUGUCUACUCAUUGCAUUAGGGUUAGAACAACUGUACAGGCACCAGGAAAGUGCUAGAAGACGCAGAACGUUAUUGUAUGUCUUGGUGUUAUUAUUGGUUCUUUUCUCAAUUCGAACAUUUCGAAGAAAUCAAGACUGGCACACUGAGGAAAGCCUCUACAGGUCAGGUAUACCCAUCAAUCCGCCUAAAGCUUACGGAAAUUUGGCCAACAUUUUGAGUGCUCAAGGCAAGAAGAGCAAAGCAGAAUGGGCUUACAAGAAAGCACUGAGUUAUCGAUCAAAUAUGGCAGAUGUUCAUUAUAAUCUGGGUAUCUUGCUUCAAGAACAAGGACGGUACGAAGAAGCCUUGCAGAGUUACAAGCUUGCAAUCCAAUUUCGACCCCGACUGGCAAUGGCUCACCUGAAUAUGGGAUUAGUGCUGGGAAUUCUGGGUAGAAAACAAGAAGCAGUUGAGGUGUAUCGUCGCUGUGCCCAGUUAGACAGUGCCGGCCUCAAGGAUCCAAAAAUGCAUGAAAGUACCAAAAUAUCGGCGCUCUUUAAUCUGGGCCGUUUAUACGCUGACGAAGGAAGGUAUCAGGAAGCUAUCGACGUUUACCAGGAGGCAAUGAAUAAAAUGCCCGAUCACUAUCAACCUCAGUCGCUGUAUAACAUGUUAGGCGAAGCGUUCUUCAAGCUGGGAAAGUUCAUUGACGCUGAACAGUGGUACAAAGAAGCUCUGCGAGUGAAGCCUAAUCACGUUCCCGCGCAUCUCACAUAUGCGAAACUAUUGUCCAAAUUGAAUCGACCUGUAGAAGCAGAGCAGUGGUUUCUGAAAGCCAAGACCAUUGCGCCCAACGACUCCAGUGUUUACCAGCAUUAUGGUCAGUUUUUGUCAGAAUCGGAGCGUCACAACGAAGCUGCUGAAACUUAUCUUCGUGCAGCGCAACUAGCCCCUGAAGAAUACGAAAUUGUCUUCAAUACUGCUAACACACUGAGACAAGCUGGCCGAAAUACGGAAGCCGAAAAUUAUUAUCAUUUAGCUGUCAAGCUACGACCAAAGGAUGUAACGAGUCAUAUGAAUCUGGGAGCCAUGCUGCAUGUAAAUGGAAAACUUCAAGAAGCCGAGUUCAGUUACUUGGAAGCUCUUCGUCUCAAGCCUGACGAUCCUAUAACUCAGAAUAACCUACAGAAACUUCGAAACCUGCUGGCACAGAAAGGUCUUCGCACUACUACUCGACACCGUCGAUAAGCUUGAGUAGCUGCCUGGAGAUUUCGUUGAGUCGGAAUGAUCUUCUACUGUAACCCAUCAUCGACAGAAGUGGGUUUGACGUUAGUCACGAUUUAGGCAAAAAGAAAUCCACAAUUCUUGAGCAACAAAUGUCAGAGGAAAAGACAAGUGAAAACGUUGGUUCUGGUUAGAAAUAAAAAAAAAGUGCUUUAUACCACUGGUGGUAACGCAGGACUGUAACAAAAUAGUUUUAAUUCAAGAAGCAGUGUAUUUUAUUACUCUCUGAAUAUUUCUCAGUAAUGGUGGGAAUAAAAUUUAAAAAUAAUUAGUUUUGAAUCAGAAAAUACAAUUGUCAUAUACUAUUGUAGUAAGUAAAAUUUCUACCGGGACUGUAACAGUCAAGUAGCUUUGUUUCAAAAAGUACAAUUGUCAUAUAUUGUUGGUAACCAGUAAUAAUAUAGAUGAGUUUUGUCAGUGAUGUGGUCCAGAAAAGACCAUCCUCUUUUAAUUUUGAUAGUAAGAUGGAACAUCUACUAGUAAUAAUGCAAAAGAAUUUUAUGAAAAAUGUAGUUUUGGCUCAGAAAAGUUUGUCUUUUAGAUUGUUAGAAAGAUUUAAUUUUGAUUCAGAAAAGAUUGUCUUUUAUUAACAUCUGUAACAUGAAAUAAGUAUGGAUGAUAAAUUAGAACUGUAACAAAGAAAAUACCUUUCACUGCACAAAGUAAUUGUACAAUUCCCAUUUUAAUUCACUCCAAAACUUUAAGUCACAUUAACAUUUCAUAGUUAAAGUUCAAAAACAAUUUUGCUUACAAAUUUAAUUAAAAAGGGCAAUAUUUUUUAGAGUUUCACUAAUUCAUUGCAGUUUUUAUCAACCAUAAACAAAUAUAUUCAAACUCAGAAGAAAACACAGCCAAUCAGCCUGUCUGUUUUAGAUUUCUUUUUAUAGUUUCAAAUUUACACUUUUAAUUUAAAAUCAUUUUUUUUAAAUAAUUGAACCCAUCACACAAGAACAAUAUACAGAGUUAUUUCUACUCAUUCAGGAAUGAUGACAAGUUUUUCCGAGAUCUUUUCGUCCUUUCUUAAACUGUACUUACAAGAAUUGUUAUUAAGCCUAACACAGUGGUUAACAAUGAUUUCUCCAUAGUCUGAAACCCACACGAGUAACUAUGAUAGAUUCAUUGGUCUUCAGAUUUUAUACAACUUAAUAAAUACAAAAUAUUAGCUGUAAUACCCUAACUUUUCUGUAAACCUUUACACUUAUGAAAUACCAAUGUGUUUGUGUGUGAGUCAUGAUGUUCAAUAAUACAAUUUUCUGAAACUUGUAAAAACAGAAUAUAUCUGUAAUUUGUUUUCUGUGACAACGUCUCCUUCAGCUAAUCGGGGACUUUCUAGUCAAAUAUAAAUAGACAAAUUCUGAAACUAAGGUAGCUGUUGUAUAAUAUUUUUAUUAUAUCAAUGCUCUUGUGAUUUGUAUAAAGCCAUGUUUGGAGAAACUUAUUUGACAAACGCACGAAGUGGGUUGUAUUUUUUGUGUGCACUAAUUCUCUCUAUAAUGUUCAAGAUUUAAUACCAGUUCUUCCAUACACCCAUUGCACUUUGAAUUAAUACACGAUUUAUAAAAGGAUGGUUAUGGAUGUACAAGUAUCAAGAUUUGGUAAAGUUUACAAAUAGUAAUGGCAAAUGAUGUGAAUUAUUGAGAUUGGAGCAUACUUGUACAAUUAAGAAAAUAUCAAAGAUACUACCAGCCCUGACUAAUACAUGAAAAUUAGUAUUAGUACAAAAUUUAUUCAAUAAUGUUUAUAAAAAUGUUCUAGAAAAACUACCAAUAAUUUAUCGCUUCUGCAGCUGCCCAAAGAAAGUGUGUUUUUUCUUCGUCAAUUUCAAUUUUAGAGUUUGUGAUCAAUCCUUGAAUCAUUAAUAUAUCAUUUGUACAAUUUCGGAAAUAUUACCUGAGUGGGGAAGUAGGUAGAAAAUAAUAAUCAAAGGAGAAAGCUGAUAAACAUAUUUGAAAUUUAAAAAUGUAAUCUCUUUUGCUCUAAAAGAAUAUUAUGAGGUUCAAUAAUCUCAAACUAUUAAAAAUGUAUUUAUGUGAGAUAUUUUCUCAUCCUAUAUAUAUCUAUGUUUAAUGGUUACAAAAUUCAGAAAUUUUUAUUAUUAUUACAUUUAAAGCAUAGUAAUCAUCAAAUGAAUAAACAGUGAAGAAAACUUUUUUGUGAUAUCAUAGUGAUAGUUUUCAAGAAUAUUAAUGAAAGGCACAGCCUGUGCAACAUAAAAAAAAGAUUGCAUUCGAAAUUGGCCCUUCUUGAGGGUUUCAGGGUUCAGAUUAUUUCUGUGAUUUCUAACGUAAUGAAAGCUGUCAGUUUUAAGACAUUUCACUGUUUUGAAUAAUGUUUUUGGUAACCUUAUUAUUUCUCUAUUUAUUAGCUUGUUUUUCUGAUUCAUUUUCUAAUUUGCUAUACCAUACUGGAACCCAUAUUUAAUAUACUCAAACUAGAUGUUUUGCUUUCCGUCUAAUCUGUUCUCUCCUAUUCACGAGGCUGUGCCUUUUUUUUUCUUUUCUUUUCUUUCUUUUUUUUUUGAAUCAUGAUAAAAAUUUGAGACUUAGUUAACAAUGUGAUAAUAUUCAAGCUGUAACGCAUUGUUGGGAGUGUGUAAACUGCUGAUAGACUGUUUAUCGUGAGCUUCAAUCAUUACGAUGUAUCCGGUUUCCGUAAUUAUUAUCUUAUGGUUAAGUUAUUAGUUUCAAGCUUUCGAAUGAAUGUAAAUAUUAUAUGCUGUGGGUGAUGAAUAAAUAAUUCU